AUGGCCCGCAGAGUCAUGCAUGCCCUGAGAUGGGGAAGGCGAGACGCAUCACAUGGACUGCUCUUCACCAAGAAGGCCUUCUACGAGCAGAAUUCCACCUUACUUUUGUGGAGCGGGGUUCCUGCUUCAUCGCGGGAGAAGUGGUGCACAUCCUUGAAUGCGUACAUGUUGGAAUCCGGUGACAAUGACGCUAUCCAGACACCCUUCGGCAGCAUUUUGGAGAGGAUCAGGAGCAAGGACUCUGAUGAACAGCUCUUGCAAGGGUGCGCGUGGUCUGAGCAGGAACCCAUCUGGCAAGCAGCGUCAGAUGCCGUUGUCUGGCGAAGUGGAGAUUCUUUGGUGCGCUUUCUGGUGAACAAACCCUUGAGCGGUCAUGGAACUUUGCGGGAGAGCACCUUCUUCCGCGCCGAGCUCCCCACGCUCGCUAGGUAUCCGCCCACUGAGGGCCUUCGGGUGCUCAACGAACACCCUGUCGUCAAGUGCCACCACCUCAUGCCUGUUAUUCGAAACAAAAUUGAAAGUAACGGGCUUCUAGAUGACUGGCGCAAGGUGAGGACCUUCUCGUGUGUAGACGUUUUGACCUUCCAGCAGUCAUCCAUGAACCUCACAGAAUCGGGGCGAAAGCUUCUGGACAGCAAGGCGACUGAGUUUCUGAAGCCAGGGGAGCAGUUGGAGUCGGAGUGUGACAUGAAGUUCUCUACCUUGGAAGGAUAUAAGAGCUGCCGUGACAGGGGCCAGAUCGACUUCGGGAUCUUUCAGAGGAUAGCGCGUCAACUUCCACCUGAGUACGCACCGGAAAUAACAAGCUUAAGGCUUCCCCAGCUGUCGAAGAAACUCAAGCAGCUCCCGCUAAUGCUGCCGGACAUUCUGGAGAUGUUCGACUCCUCCAUAUCCCUAGAGCUGUGCCUUUGGAAGUCUCUUGAAACGGCGCAAGCGCAACACUCAACAGUUUGGUUUACGAGGUCUCUACAGAAGGACUUUCUUCCGAGAGACCUCGAGGCUGCAUGCCGAAAGGGAGCGGCAAAGUUGCUGCCAGGGCUCCUGAAGGCUUUAGAUGACUCUCGGCCGCCUGUGCGCCAAGCUGCAGCUGAAGUCUUGGGGUUCAUCGGCAACGGCAACGGGGCAGAACUCGCUGUCCCGAAGCUACAGGCUCUAGUCAAGAACUUCUCUUCUGAUGAGCAUGUCCAAAUACAAGCAGCUAAAGCAUUGGGCUCUAUUCGGAGAGAGGCGACCGAAGAAGUGUUGCCGGAGCUCGUGAAGGCUUUGCACGACUCUGAUGAUGCUGUCCGCGGCCGUGCCGCUGAAGCACUGGGCUUUUUGGGCAAAGAGGCAUCAGGAGCCGUGCCAGAGCUGUUGAAGGCCAUGCGAAAUUCCACUUGGGCACUAUCCAAAGCCUCUCAUGCAUUGGGGUCUAUCGGCAAAGAAGCAAAGGAAGUCGUGCUGCCCCAGCUCCUGGACGCUUUGGACGACUCUGAUACCUCCGUCCGCAAAGGCGCCGUAUCAGCAUUGGGGGAUAUGGGCGAAGAGGCAAAGGAAGGGGCGCCCAAGCUGAUGAAGGCCUUGCAUGACUCUGAUGGUACUGUUCGCAUUUAUGCCGCUGGCGCACUAGAAAAGCUGGGUACGGAGGCGUUGGGGAAGCUCGCAAAGAACGUGCACCACUAUGAACCUUGGGUCCGCGAACAUGCCCUUCGAGCAUUGACGUCCAUCGGCAAAGAGGCUAAAGAAGCCGUGCCGGAGCUAGUUGAUGCAUUGGACGACCCUCAUUUUGAGGUCCGCGCAUCUGCCGCACAACUGCUCGGGUCCAUGGGUAAAGAGGCAGUCGAAGCCGUACCGAGACUCGGAAAAGCUUUAGUGGCUGACCGUCAUUAUUACGUCAAGAAUGUCGCCGCCUUUGCAUUGAGCCAAAUCGGCAAGGAGGCAAAGGAAGUUGUACUGCCGGAGUUCCGGAAGGCCUGUGGCGAUUCUGAUAAUUGGGUCAGAAUCUUUUCUUGCAAUGCAAUGAGGUUCAUGGGCAAACAGGCAAAGGAUGCCGUACCGGAUCUCGCGAAGAUGCUGGAGGACUCUGAAGUGGAUGUGCGCAAAGCUGCCGCUAAAGCAUUGCGGUCCCUUGGCAUGGAGGCAACAGAAGCCGUCCCGAAUCUUUUGAAGGCUUUGGUCGAUUCUGAUGCUUCUGUCCAAGCACUGGCCGCUCUGGCACUGGGGCGCAUGGGCCACUUCACAGAAGCCAAGGAAUCCCUGUUGCGGGAACUCCGGAAUAGCUUGCAGGACACGGAUGAAGAAGUCCGCAAACGUGCUGCUCUGGCAGUGUGGGAAGUAGCCAAAGAAGGGCCGGAAGAGGGAACGUUGACUGAAGCAGUGCCGGAGCUCACGAAGGCAUUGCAAGACUCUGAUUCUUCUGUCCGCUUCUAUGCCGCCAAAGCCUUGGCGCUCAUGGGCCAAGAGUUGGACGAAGCCGUGCCAGAGCUCCUGCAGGAGUUGGACGACCCGCAGGCUGAAAUCCGUAUCCAUGCCGCUGAAGCAAUUGGCUCCAUUGGCAAAGAGGCAGAUGAAGUUCUGCACCAGCUCCAGAAAGCAGCUGCGGGCGAUCCUGAUUCCAAUGUGCGUGGAGCUGCCCUUUCAGCCUUGAGAGCGCUCAGGGGAAAGGUGCUAACUUCGACGUCACCUGGCUAA